AGCCACCAUGGGAUCCGGCCGCCGAGGACGAGCGCCCUGGUCUCUCCCCGGCUCCCCGCCGGCGCAGCCCGGCGCCCCCCGCGCUGCCCGAAGGGCACCCGGGGCGGCACGGGGGGAUGCAGGACCAGAGGCAGCUGUCCUCGAACAGCUCGGACAGCUCCAAAGGCAGCAACGACCGACCGCCAACUUCAACUUGGGGGAGCACCGCCAGCCGCAGGACGGCCCGCGUGCAGCACCAGAACACCAUCAGACCCGCUGCUCCCAUCAGCGGCUGGUUCGCGUCGGCGACGGGAGGGACCCCCGAGGGCCAGGCGCCCAGCGAGCCGGACGAGCCGAGCGGGGUGAACCUCCGCCUCUGGACCUGUGCCCGGCAGCUCGACCAGAAGGGGGUCGCAGACGCGCUCGGGGACCCGGCGGUCGACGUCGACGUGGAGAUGCCACAAGGGGCCGCUGCGGCCGUCACAUACAAGGGCCGCAAGGUGACCUGCCAGCCGAUGCACGCCGCCGUCGUCUUCGACUUGUCCAGCGGGCGGGGGUCCUCCGUGUGGGUGCGCCCUGCCCACACCGGGCGCCGGUCACCGCACGUCGACUCGCGCGCGCCGACGACGCCUCCCGACUCGCGCGCGUCGACUCCGCAGGGUCUGGCGUCGCCCGCGUCCUCGGGGCAGGUAAUUCACGCUCUGAGUCCUCGUGGUCGCGGCGCGGCGAGUCGCAGCUCUUCGCCCAGUCCGCGCUGGUGAUCGGGCAGCUGAUCGCGGCUAGGGCGAACGUACGCGGCGAGGCCCGCACCAAUCAGGGGAACGAGGUCCGCCACAUGCAGGCCAUCCACAUGGCUGCUGGGACAGGGAACGUCCCCGCGCUGGAGGUGCUUCUGGCGAACGGGGCGGACCCGAAUGCGAAGGCGAGGAUCGACAGCAAGACGCACUACUACCCCAUCCACGACGCUGCCUUCAAGAAUCAGGUGGACGCGCUGAGGUUCUUGAUCAGGAGCAAGGCUGAGGUGCGUGCGACGAACGUGGAUGGGUGCACUCCCUUGCACAUCGCAGCCCAGUUGGGCUACGUUGACGUGGUCGAGGUGCUCUUGGAGUACGCGACAUUUUCUGAGGAAGAGCGUCGGCCGAAUCUUCUGACGAUGGAGAACGCGAGGCAGGAGAUGGCGGUAACGCUGGCCGUUCAGAGCGGACGCUUUCCGGCGUCCAAGAUGCGCCUUUUCACCCAGGACCUGGCCCCGCUCGACCGCGCAGAGGCGUUCUGCAUCGUCGCGAGGGCAUGCCCGUCAUCUGCCAGUGCGCUGCUGUCCGACUGCCACGAGUGGGACCUCCCAGGUGAGCGGACUCACGACGAGAACCCCUUCGGGAUGGGAGCCCACAGCGCACCGAGCUGUGGGGCGGGCAGGAGAAAUUCGUCGACCAAUAUAAGCGAGCAGUGGCGCCAGAGCAUCAUCGCGGGUGCCAAGGAGGGGGGCGUCAUCCAAAUUAAGGUUGACACCCUAGUGGAGCUCAUCGAGUUCGGCGCCGAGGCCGCGAUGUAUCUCCUGGAGGCCCUGACGACCACGCCGCGGGUGACCGACCUGGAGCACAAUGCGUUGCCUGUUCGCGCGUAUCUGCGUCCAGGAAGCGAACCCGUACAGAUGGCGUGUGCGUACAGCACGGACAGGCACUGGAAAUGGGACCCGGCUGGCCCCCCUGCGUGGCAGACCAGAAUGCUGGGCCUGGCAAAUAGGACUCAGAAGGACUUGCGUCACGCCGUGGAGGUGAAGACACAAGUCGUGAAUCUGCAAGGGAUCAUCAGCAUGAAGAUGCUGCUCGCCUUGUCGUUGACCCCUGACCGUCGGAUCUUCACCAAGAUGGCAGUGCACGGGCUUCUGAAGCAUGCGUGGUCUGAGUUGUGGUAUUUGUUCGUGAUUGAAAAUAUCCACGAGGUGAUCGCAACUCUGAUUCUGAGCACCUGGAUUCUAAGCAGUCAGUUGACCACGCCAGGCUACUACACUCGGUUUGCGGUGUGGGCUUGGAUUGCUUCGAGGGGCAUCGCGGAGUGCCUCCAUGUAGCGUGCAUGGUUGCGAGGGUGACGAUCGAGAUUGGGAGAGCUCAGGGCCUCAAGUGGGCCGAGCUUUGGUCUUUCAGAUUUGUUGCGGGCGGUGUCACAACGCUCUUGUGUGCCCAGCUUGUUUCAACAGAGUACUGGCCAGCUAGCGGCGACAACGCGCCGAGCAUUCUGCUUGCCGCCAACAGCUUGAUCCAUUGGUUAUGGCUGCUUCUGCAGCUGCGCGCCUUCCCAGCAACGGGGUCGAAGCUCCUACCGAUCCUCAAGUCCAUCAGGAUGAUCGGGCCCAUGGUCCUAAUAGUAUUUUUUGUGAUGAUGGCGUUUGUCCACGGUUUCUGGUCCUUCGACAUGGAGAUGGCCGACGACGUGAAGUUCUUCGAGGUCGUCACCAUGCUGUUCACAGGUGAGAAUUUGUUUCUUGAUCGCGAUGAGCUGGGCGAAAUGCCCGCCUACAAGAGGACGCUCUAUAUUCUUCUCACGCUGGCUGGCUUAUUCAUGUUCUUAGCGUGCGCCCUCAACGUCUUUAUCGCUGUACUUGGCGAGUGCUACGACUUGGAGCAAGAGCGCAUGCCCUGCUCGCUGUUGCAGGAGAGAGCUCGGGUGUGCUGCAGUGCUUGCCUCGGUCCCAGACUGUAUCUCGCAGAGACCUGGCCCAUGGCGGCGGCGCUGCCCCUGUCGAUCGCCGCUGCCCUCGUUGGCGUGGCCGUCCACGAGGCAGUCUCGCAGCAGCUCGGCGCCUGGAUCGUGGCGGCCGCGCUCGCGGUGUCCGUCCUCUUCCUCGGCGGCCGGCUCGAGGUGAGCAUCACCCGCACGUGGCCGAAGCGGUACCUCUGGCUGUGCUACGGCACCUCCGUGGACGAGAGCCACUUCCUGGCGGCGGCCGAGGCCGAGGAGGGCCUGGGGCGCCUCAUGCGGAUCAAGCAGCACCUCCACCGCCAGGCGGAGGGCGUGGAGAGCAAGAUCGACGAGCUGAGGACGCGGCAGGACUCGCUCGCGGAGCUCUGCUCGGCCCUGCUGGCGCCCUGGCUGACCUUCAGAAGCGCGCGCACGAGCGGCUGCCACCGCCCGACCAGACGCAGACGCCGGGCAAGUCGCCGCUGGGGCACUGCAGUCCGUGGAGGAGCCGGGCCUUCUCCCGCGCUGGCAGUUCGGCGCCUCUCGCGUCGCCGGGCGGGGUGGUGGAGGCUGCCGCGCACCAGCUGUGGGGGCUGCAGCCGCGCGGCGGCGCGGCGGCGGAGGCCGACCCGCGCGGCGGGGCCGACCUGCAUCGCGUGGUGCUGGGCCUGCAGAGGUCGCAGGAGGAGCAGGCCGAGGUCUGCGACGCCCUCGCCCGCAAACUGGACGCCCAGCAGGAGAGGCAGGAGGAGCAGGGCAGGGUGUGCCAGCAGCUCCUCGGCCUUCAGCAGUCGAGCAGCCGCUCCCUGGACGAGAUCAAGAAGGUGCUCGUCCACGCCGCCGAGCACCGCCGCGCCGCCUCGGAGCGCCGCGCCCGCGGCGGCCGCGGCGCCGCUGCCGCGGGCGGGCCGCGGGGCGCCGCGGGCCCCGGCGAGGAGAGCGUCGUCGGGCCCGCCUCGGGCGGCGCGGCACACGAGCUGCGGCCCGCCGCGAGCGCGGCCCACGAGCUGCUGAGCUGAGAUGCGCGGCCGCGGCGCCCGCCGCAGCCGCCGGCGCCAGCUGCGGCGGCGCCGCAGACAGCCGCGCAGCACCCAGACUUGUAGUAUGUGCAGGCCUACUUUAGCCGUGAUCACCAGAAAGACUGGCCCUGGGAGGCUUUCACGUGUCGGCCCCUGGGAGGCGAUUGUCGUUCGAGACUUCGCCAGCGUGUACACUGUUUCGAUACCCUUCUGGCUGCUCCGAGUUAUGUCUGGGGUGUGGUCCUUGAGCACGAUGUGAGCCACAACAUUAUUCGGCCACGACGUGGCAUGGGCAUGCGCCCUUCCCUCUCUGGGUUCAGUCAUCAAGUGCUGCGAUCCCGCGUGACGGUAGUGGCGGCGUCUUGUCGCUCGUUCACGAGUAGGGGGCAG